GACAUGACACAGGUGCUACAUCACGGCCAUGGGGUCCCAGCAUUCUGCCUCUGCUCGUCCCCCUUCCUGCAAGCGAAAGAAAGAUGAUGACAAGGAUGAUACGUGGGCUGAACGAGAGCAAGAAGAAGCUAUUGCUCAGUUCCCAUAUGUGGAGUUCACAGGGCGAGAUAGCAUCACCUGUCUCACUUGCCAAGGGACUGGCUACAUUCCAACAGAGCAAGUAAAUGAGUUGGUGGCUUUGAUCCCACAUAGUGAUCAGAGAUUACGACCUCAGAGAACUAAGCAGUAUGUCCUCCUGUCCAUCUUGCUCUGUCUCCUGGCAUCCGGUUUGGUGGUUUUCUUCCUGUUUCCACAUUCAGUCCUUGUGGAUGAUGACGGCAUCAAAGUAGUGAAAGUUUUGUUUAAUAAGGAGGACUCCCUUGUAAUCCUCGCCAUCACGGCCACCCUGAGAAUUAGGAACUCCAACUUCUACUCAGUGGCGGUGACCAGCCUAUCCAGCCAGGUUCAGUACAUGAACAUAGUGGUCGGCACAUAUGGGACAACGAAUGUCUCCCUCAUUCCGCCUCGGAGUGAGCAACUGGUGAAUUUUACUGUGAAUGCUGAGAUGGGAGGACCAUAUUCCUAUGUGUACUUCUUCUGCACGUUGCCUGAAAUCCUGGUACACAACAUAGUGAUCUUCAUGCGAACUUCAGUGAAGAUCUCCUAUGUUGGCCACAUGACACAGAGCUCCUUGGAGACGCAUCAUUAUGUGGAUUGUGGAGCAAAUGCCACUGCUGUUUAG